AUGGCGUCCGGGACGAGUACCGGCACGGCCGUCGGGUCUGGGUCCAGAUCCGGAUCUGGGACAGGAUCGGGGCCACCGCCGCCACGAUCGCCGAACAUGGCAGCUCGUACGCCGCGGCCGGCCCGGACGCCGCCCCCGGCCAGCAGUCAUGGUCGCUCACGGUCCGGCACCGCGACGUCUACGGCGUCGUACGCCACCAACACCGACCACGACGAGCGGCAGCCGCUCUUGCAUCCCAUGCGGCGCACCUUCAACCACGACCUCGAGCCCGACCCCAUCUACUCGUGCACCACCAAUCCGCACACCCACCUGCCCGUCUACACCAACAUCCACCGCAUCCGCCGCGACAUUGUGUCGGUUGUCGAGGACUACCUGUCGCCCGAGCAGCUGCACGACAUGCGCAUCAACCUGUCCGUGGUCCGCCCGCUCGUCGACAAGCUGUACGAGCUCGACGACAUUUCCAUUGUCUACUGUCUGCUGGUCAACCGGGCGCGCUUCCUGCACGAGCAGGCGCACCUCAGCAACCGCCAAAACGUCAAUUUUACGCGGGCGACGCUGUGCGAGCUGAUUGCCCACCGCAUCCUGCGGCGCUUCAACGAGGACAACGAGGGGCUCGAGGGGCUGCUGGUGCUGUCGCACAUCUUGGUGGCCGGCUUCGAGCCGUUCCAGAAUGCGCCCGACACCGUGCGGCCGAGCUAUGCCGAGGACGCCGCGGACCCGGCAGGGCACGAUGCGGCGUGGCUCUACCGGCGGUCGCUGCCCGCGCUCGAGGUGGCCAUUCUCAGCGAGGCCAAGCUGUUUUUGUCGUCCACGGCCUGCCAGAAGGUCAUCGAGGCCAUCUACGUGGGCCGCGUCACGUACACGCCCUCGAGUCUUCUCAACCUCAUCCCCGACCGCUACAAGCAGAAGCCCAUUGCGCUCUACGACCCGCGCGGCGCGUCCCUCCUCAACCAGUACCGCCUCAUUGUGCCGCGCACGCGCAACAUCCUCGAGUCGCUGCAGUUUACCACGCUGCUCGUCCUGUACCUCUGCUUCAUGGCCGAGCGGGACGCCGCGCGCUACAGCGGCCUCGAGCUUGCCUUCUCCAUCUUUUCCUUUGGCUGGGUCCUCGACCAGUUUGCCACCAUUCUGGAGCACGGCUGGCAUGUCUAUACGCAGAACCUGUGGUCGUUUUUGGAUGUGGCCUAUGCUGUCGUCUACUGGGUCUACCUCCUCCUACGCAUCCAGGGUUUCCGCACGGGCAACGCACCCGGCGGUGCCGGCCAGCAGGCUCUGGACGUCAUGGCUCUGGCCGCGCCUGUGCUCAUCCCGCGCAUCGCGUUUACUGUCUUGUCUGACAAUCUGCUGUUUGUCUCGCUGCGCUCCAUGGUGGCCGACUUCACCCUCUUGACGUUCCUGGCCGCGUGGUGCUUUGCCGGCUUCCUGUUGUCGCUCUCUUGGCUUGGCGAGGGCCGGUUUUCCGUGGUCAUGAUUGGCAAGUGGAUGGUGUACAUCUGGUUCGGUCUCGACGGCACCGGCAUCCACCGCUCGACGGAGUUCCACUGGCUGCUGGGUCCGUCGCUGAUGGUGGCCUUUGCGUUCCUCGGCAACACGUUGUUCCUGACGAUCCUCGUAUCCAUGCUGUCCAACACGUUCAGCACCAUCGUCUCCAACGCGACCGCCGAGAUCCAGUACCGCCGUGCCGUCCUCACCCUCGAGGGCGUCAAGAGCGACGCCAUCUUUGCCUACCAGCCGCCCUUUAACAUCCUGGCUCUCUUUGUUCUUGUGCCCCUCAAGUUUCUCGUCAGUCCCCGCUGGUUCCACAAGAUCCAUGUCGCCUGCGUGCGGUCCAUCAACCUGCCCAUCUUGCUGGUCAUUGCCGUUGCCGAACGCCGCCUGCUGUGGCCCUCCUCGCCCUACUCGAAACACUACUCAGCCUACCGCUCCACCGAAGCCGGCCUCAACCGGCCGCCCACGUCCACCCGCGGCCGCCUGACCGCCCACCCGACGUCCCCCGAAUACGCCGCCGCCCGUGCUCGUGCGGCCCGUGACUCGUUCUGGGGCCGGUGGCGCAUCACGGCCCACUCGGACAUCCAGGCCGUCUUUGACAUGCCGCCACCCGAUUCCGUCGAGGAGGAGAUUGCGGCGGAUGACGACCUGACACGGCAUUUGAUCCGACGACAGUUUACCCGCCAGCAGACGACGGACGCCGUGCCCACACUGGCGAAGCAGCAAGCGCAGAGUCAGCAGGAACAGCAGACCCAGGCGCGGCCUGGGCAGACACAACACGGUGCGUCCACCGAGGCCCGCCCGGCAUCCAAUGCAGGCAGCACCGGCCCCGGUGGCCUGCAACGGAGUGGUUCGACCGUCAAGUUUGCCGAGGCCCAGACGGCGCAGCCGCAACCAGCCGCAUCACAGGGCGGUGCCCGCACGCCUCGUCCACCCAAAGCCACGGGUACCAGCCGACGGGACAGUAUUGCCUUCCCCGGCCUGGAUCCGGACAAGCUGAAGCGGUUGUUGCAGCUGGAGGCCGAAGAGAACGGGCACGGAAACGACAGUGCUCCGACGACGGCCGUCGACGAGGACGUGCGCACGCGGUUGGACGGGCUGGAAGCGUCGAUGCAGCGCAUUGAAGGGAUGCUGGCACAGCUGUUGGGCACGUCGAGCCGAGCGCCAAGCGGAGCGCCAAGCGUGCGAGGCGGCCCCAAAGGGACCAACGGCGACGACGCCGACGAAAAUGCAGUGGAGGACGGCGACGACAUGGAAGGCGAGGAUGUCGACGAAGAGGCCGUCGACGCUGCGCACGAGGCGGCCGACGAGGUGAUUGACGAGGACGAGGCCGUGCUUGCCGAGCACACGGGGACCAUGACGGACCUGGACGAGACAGCCGAUGAGAGGUGA